UGGAGUCUUUUUCCUUUAGCUCCGAAAUACCCACAUAGUUAAACUCAUUCUGCCAUGCCCAACCCAAUCACUCGCUCCCUUUCUAUUCCCUUGACUCUGUUCUUGAUUUGCAAUUCUGUCAUUCCACAAAUCUGGGUCGUUUCAGGUUCCUCUGUUCACGAUAAGCCCUUCCACAGACCGGACCCUCUGCGACGUUUUAAACAUUACAAUGGAGGUUUUGAUAUUCGAGACAAGCAUUACCUUGCUUCUGCGGCAUUUACAGGAGUUCACGGCUACGCCAUUGCCGGAGUUUGGUUAAUGUGUGGCCUGGUCUUCGGUAUCUUCCUGAUCGUCAAGUGUCUUUGCCGUGGCUCUGGUUCAUUACCCUUCAAAGACUGUUUGGACCACCAUCAUAUCCUCCUUUUCUUGCUGAUUCUCUUUUUAACUUCUCUCGCCAUAGUUGCCUCAAGUUUCGUGUGCGUGACAAAUCAGAAGACCCUGAAGAGAACAGAGAAGCUGAAGGAUUCAGUGUUGGGCAUAGGAGAAGAUGCUCUAGGGACACUACGAAGAGUGAUUAAAAAGAUGAAACAAAUGCAGUUCCUUCUCCUUCCAUACAACCAACAGAUAACUAGGAAUUUGAACACUACCAUUGAAAGUUUCAGAAGCGACUCGCGUGUGAUCCGUCGUUUUCUCGACUCAAGUGGACGUAUCUUCGACAAGGCCAUUCAUACUUCAUAUAUUGCUCAUCUUGUUGUUGUGGCCGUCAACGUAGCAAUGUUGAUUGCAGCACUAGUUCUGCUGCUGCUGCUUUGGCGUCCUGGAUUUAUCACCAUAAUUUUCUGCUGCUGGAUGUUAACAAGCCUGUGCUGGGUCUUGACCGGCUUUGAUUUUUUCUUACACACUCUUGCAGAAGAUGCGUGUUUUGCUUUUGAGGAAUUCGAACAGAAUCCACAAAACAGCAGCCUGAGUUCGGUGUUGCCAUGCAUGAAAGACUCAGACGCAGCGAAGCUCAUGACUCGAAUAGGCUUCACAAUUCACAACUUCAUCUCAGAGUUGAAUGCUAAAAUGUCAGAGAUUUAUGGUAUAUUGGGAAUAGAUAAGCAGGCACAGCAAAUGAUAGGAAUCAUAAAGAUAUGUGAACCUUUUACAGGACCACCAGAUUACAGCUACAUUCCAAACGCCUGUUCUCAAAAUGCCAUUCCCGUUGGCGACUUACCAAAAAUUCUAGCAAGAUUCACAUGUGGGGGAGAGGAAAAAGCAGAAGAUUGCGAGAAGGGAGGGAAGUUUCUUCCAGAAGCUUCGUACAACAUAGCUCACGCUUACAGUAGAUCCGUUCAGGAUUUUCUGGACAUAUAUCCAGACUUGCAAAGCCUGUCAGAAUGUUCUUUUAUCAAGAACAAAAUUUCUGAGAUUCUGUUGCACCAAUGCAGACCGUUGAAACUUGCACUCAGAUUGUUGUGGGUGUCCAUGCUAUCUCUCUCCAUUAUCAUGCUCGUCUUGGUGUUCGCGUGGCUAGCACGCGCUUUUCUCUGCUCCAACAGCUCAUCCCUCUCCAUGUUUUCUAGAACUAGAGCCAGAACUCCCGAAUCUGGAUAGAUGGGAACUAGGAAACAUUUAUUUAUUUGUAAAGGUAGAAUGCAAAAUUGAGUUAGAUAGAUUUAUUAA